AUCAAGACGGAUUAUUAAAUAUUUCGGAACUUGAUAAACAAAUACUCAUUUAAAGCAACAACCGAGACAGACCAGUUUUAUGGUAGUGAAGUGAGAGAGAAACUUUAUAUAGAAAAUACGAAUCCUAAGUGAUGUCUUCGAUAAAGUGCAUCACCCUCGAGGAGAAGCUGAGGAAAAAUCCAGAAUUAAUGUUGUCAGACAUACAGAUACUGAGAGAAUGGUGCGAAAAACAACCACGUUUGCCGAGAAUUCAGAACGUGGAGGUCGCCUUGUUCCUACAUUGCAAUUACCAUCAUAUACAACCGGCGAAGGACACAAUCGAGAAUUAUUACAUUUAUAGAACUCACGCGCCGUAAUUAUUUUCCAAUCGGGACACAUUGAAAGUGAAUUAACUGCGAGAUGCUUUUCAU